AUGAAAGAACACUGGGCCGCCAACGAUGCCAUCGCCGGUAGCGAGACCUCGGUAUCCGGUUUUGACGGCUGCCCGGCGGACAUCUUGUACUUGGUAUUCAAGCUAUUAUCACCUGCCGAACUCCGAGGACUAUGUCUUGUCAAUAAGAUUUCCCGUUCCCUCGCCCAGCCAUUUCUCUACUCGAAAAUUCAGUGGACUUGGCGAGACCCUCAUUUUGCUCCCCCAAUCAUUCAACUCUUACGGACACUACUAUGCAGGCCUCAACUGGCUGCUUACAUCACAAACCUUCACUUGGAUGGCAAGGUCUUCCGGCAACAUCCAUUUCGGUUCAGUAUCCCUAAAAUUACCAUCUCUGACAUUGGAUUGGAGAAAUUCGUAGCAUUCAUCCGGGGAACCGGAGUACCUUAUAGCGACUUUUGGAUACAAGAAGUGUCUCAAGGUACAACGGAUGCCCUUGUGGCUCUCCUUCUAGCACAAGGUCUCUCAAACCUGAGAUGUCUGUACCUUGGCCCUGUUUUCGCUCAACGAAGCACACUUAUCGGUAUGGUUCUCCGUUCAGCCAUCUGUGAGCCUAAGAACUAUCGGCUGCCAGAUUUUCAGCAUCUCCGAGAUGUGUCUUUCCUUAGUUGUAUCUACUGGGACGAAGCGCGCGACAAAAAGAUCAAAAAUACGGUAGACAUCUUACCAGUCCUCUACCUACCAAGUCUUCGGCGCAUGUCAGCCUCGAUCGAGAACUCGGCUACAUUUACGUGGCCGGUGACACAUUUACCCAUGCCAUCGAACGUUACAUCACUUGAUUUGACACAAAUCCGGGAGGCGUAUCUUGGUGAAGUGCUCUCAGUCACUCCGAAACUCAAAAUUCUUCGCUGGAAAUUUUAUUACGAUUUUGGUAUUCACGAUGCAUUCAAUCAGCCUAUCGUUAAUCUUGACCAAAUCGUUACUGCGAUAUCUCAUGUGCGGAAUACUUUGACGGAUUUGACAAUCUUGGCAGACUGUGGGAUUGGAGGGAAUGAUCAGUUUCUUCCAGGCAUUAAGAUGGAGGGCUCCUUACGUGCGAUGGUCGAUUGGGAGAUGCUCAAGAGACUUCAAGUCCCAUGGGCGUUCUUGGUGGGAUUCGCACAAGACAAAGUGAAGCGGUUACAAGACUUCAUCCCCAGGAAUAUCGAGCUUCUGACCAUUACAGACGACCUAAGGCUACAAAAUGAUGAUGAAAUGGUACCAGAAUGGCCUCGAUGGGAGUGGGAGGAUCACGUCAUUGUAGAGUUGAUUAGGGCAUGGCUGCAUAAUUGGAAAGCAUACACCCCGCAUCUUCAUUGCCUUACGCUGAUAUUAUCGUUGAUAAUGGAAGAUUUUGGUGAAUGGCCCCCGAGUAUAAGGCAACAUUUCAUGGAGCUGGGUGCUCAAGCUGGUGUUCAAGUUGAGAUAAUAGAGCAGGAUUACUAUGAACUCUAA